CCGCAGACAUGACCUACUAACGCCCCUCGACUACCCAAGACCAUAGCCAGCAAACCCCCGGGACAGCCAUGCAUCUUAUACUCACUGGCGCGACAGGCCUUGUUGGCGCGUCUGUCCUCCAUAACAUGCUUGCGCAAGAAAGCAUCAGCCGCAUAUCCAUCCUCAGCAGACGGCCAGUCAAGAUGGCAGAGGGCCACGCCAAGGCCAAGGUCAUCAUUCACAACGACUUCAGCAAGUAUGAUGAGGCGCUUCUGCGUGAGCUGAAAGACGCGCAUGGUUGCGUAUGGGCACAGGGAGUUUCCCAGAAUGCCGUUAGCAAAGAGCAGUAUCUACAGAUAACCCACGAUUACCCUCUUGCGGCUGCCCAGGCCUUUUCCUCUCUCCACCCGGACUCGCCAUUUACGUUUGUCUAUGUGUCGGCUGAGGGUGCCACGCAAUCUCCAGGUAUCUUUACCACGCUGUACGCGAGGGUCAAGGGACAGACUGAGUCUGCGCUAUUUGAUUUUGGCAAAAAGAAUGCCAUGUUCAAGGUAUACAAUGUGCGGCCAUGCGGGGUGGACUGGUCGGGCCACCCCGAGAUCCAUCCAUUCAUACCCAGGCAAGACAUGUUCAAGAAGGUCGUCCUUCCGGCGCUGAAUGUGGUAUGGAGCAGUAUGAUGACGCCAACUAGGGAGAUGGGUAAAGUCAUGACUGAGCUGGCCAUGUCCAGGGGCGAGCCGUUAGAGGGUCCGGAUGUUGGAAUGGAAGGCCGGCUGUUAUCCAACAUUGCUCUCCGGCGGAUGGGUGGACUGUGAUACCUGUUAGAGAUAAAUAGGACUGAACCGUGUUUUCUUCUUUGUGGGAUUUUCAAUCCCAGUACGUCCAUUUCGUCCAUCCUAGCUCGUCCCUUUUCUGGCAGAGUGUAUUUCGUCAUGCGUGUUUGCUUUGUUGCUUUUGCGAGACGCCACCUGCUGCAUGGCAAGUUGCAGAGCUGGCGUCAUCCGAGUAUUUGCACCAUGACAAAAAUUUCCAUCGCAUGUUGCGACAAACAAAGGCGAGAAAACACAGCAUGGGAAACAUGUAACCAUGGCG